UCACACGGCAAGAAAUUUUAUAAUUGGUGAAUCUGUCCUGUAAGGUCCAACUCUUGGAAUUUCUUUCCUUGUGGCAGAAAAAGAGGCAAAUGCCAUUGCGCAAUUCUGUCCAUUGUUCAUAAAAUUUGGACAAUUAACACAUUCGAUGCGGGGGGAUUCCACACUGGAGUCAAGCCAGAUACUGGUGACCCCACAGUGGAGUCAUACCCCUCUCUCCAAGACGUCAAGAUUUUCCCCCCCGCAUUUUAGUUACAAAAGUCGUAUAAUGCCCCCGUAGGGUUCAAACAGUUCAGAACUUCCUGAACUAUCUUACUGUGAGCAUCGUUCCCGUGUCUCUAACCUUAAAUCACUAGAUAUCAUAAAUGCACAUCUACUACGCCACUCUUUUUCGUAAACAAUGAGCCCGACGGGUAAAAAGAGGAAGGGUUAUUAUAUGGGCUCGAAGGCGAAAAAAGCGAAACGCGACCUGUUUGGACCUGGGAUGAAAGGAUUCCUCUGCACAUGCAACAAAAGGGUCAAAGAGUGCAUCAGGGAGGCGUACAACGUUCUGGAUGAUUUUGCUUCAAAGCUAUACCCCAAGGAAGAGAAGAAAGACUGCGAGGAGAAUAUAGAAAACGAGCUUGCAAAAGAAUUACAAGAGCUUAAGAAGGACGGUGAAGAGCGUCGGUUUCAAGUUGUUGAUACAGGGUCGAACAGUUGUGUUUUUAUAAAAACGACGCUUGAAGACCCGACCAAAUUGGCCGAGGCGAUAGCGAAAGACAUACACGACACAAAGAUCCCGAGGAGUAAAUGUCUCAUAAGGCUUAUACCCAUCAACACCACUUGUAAAGCCUACAUGGACGACAUUACGAAGAUGGCAGAUAAAAUGUUCGACGAGUACUUCAAAGGGGAUCCGACGACAUUUUCUAUAUUUUACACUAAACGAAACAAUAACACUUUGUUGAGAGAUGAGGUGAUUUCUAUGCUGGUCCAACUCGUACGGGAUAGAAACCCCGGUCACAAGGUUGACCUGAAGAAUUCUAAGAAGACGAUAGUGAUUGAAGUUUUAAAAGCUGUAUGCGGGAUAUCUGUAGUUUCGAAUUUUCACCAAUACAGGAGAUACAACCUGCUCGAACUGUGUAAAAAGGAUGGAAAAGAAGGGGAAAAUAAACCAAUAUCUGAUGAUUAAAAAAAAGCCUAUUUCUUUAGUUUUUUUCACGUCUUAAAUAUACAAUACGAUUUUAAGCAGAAAUAUCUAUCACAGAAUGGGACAUCUACAACUAUAUAAAGGA